AUGUCGCCGCUGACAAACCCUCCGUUGAACCUCUCCGCCACCUCCGACACUCGAGCCUUUGCGAACCUUUCCCUCAACUCCUCCCCCGAAAUUCGAGCAGAAGAUAUCGAGUUACCUCCGUCUCCUUUGGAUCUCGAACCUGGACCCAGCCCCUGUCCUUCACCUACAUCAUCCCCGUCGAGGAGUGUCGAGACACUUCCGAAACACGCCCAUUAUCUCUCACAUAACAUCACGCCCUCCAGGCCUCGUGCUGCAAGUCCACCCCGAAGGGUGAGGCCACUAUCGGCAGGAGGUGUGGCCAACGCGCCGCCCAUGCAAAGAGCCCACUCAUCGCCUGGUGUUGACGCUUCGGGCCGGUACAUUACUCCUUACGGUGUCCCGAGAAGACCGUCUUCACCUCUACAUUCAGGAAGAAGAAGCAGCCCAUUACGUGCAGCUGUGGAAGAGGCAUAUCCUGGCGUGCCAUCAUGGAGCGGCCUCAGUAUCGAACCAAACAUACCGGAAAAUGAAGAGCUUGAAUUGACAGGAGACACGGAUCAGUCUCAACCCUCGCCUAUGUCAUCCUUCUCCAACACGUUACCAAGAGCGCGGCGGCGGGGUGUACAGCCGCUUCACCAAAGUGCAAGUGCCCCGUCGCUCUAUGCGAGGGCGAUGAGCCCUAGCGUAUCCGGCAGAACAUCACCAUUGCCGUCCUUUGCCCCACAGAAGUACACCUACGAGCCAUACCCGAUAUACUCUCUCAGCUCUGCUUCAAGCAUGCCCAGCACCCCAACCUCACUGCGGUCUCGAUCGCCGUCCAUCAGCUCGUUGGAGACAAUCGAGGACGCGCCAGAUGCGGAAGAGGCGGCGAUCCUUGAGGAAGAGGAAGCCAAGUUGAGGGGGGAGGAUGGAGAUGCCGCCGAGUUGCGGCGAAGAAGCUCGCUCGACAUUCGAGGGGGUAAUCUGAGGAGCAACAAGGAAAGAAAACGAUGGUCGGUCUGUGGAGCGGAACGAAGGGCGGACUUCUCAUUGGAACCCAUUGAAGAAUGA